AUGGCGGACAUAACUCGGAAAGUAAACCAAUGGCAGAAAUUGUGUGACGAUCAUAAAGAAAAACAAAUGAUAAAUCCUUUCUCUGCUUGGGAGGGAGCGGCACACAGACAAAAACUGGAUAGAGACGACCCUAACUAUGGCCGUCCCGUGGAGGGGUCCAUGACGGAAUACAGAGGGCGGAAGGCAGGAGAACUCAUCAGCGGAGAAAUCCUGGAAUUGUGUCACGUGAUUGCUGAUCUCGGUCAGAGGAACGCGGACGCUUCGUUCAGUAUUUCUUUUGGACAACUAUUCGAAGCGUACACGACUAUAUCGAACAAACUUGUCGGCAUGUUGAUGCGAGCGCGAAAACAAAAGUUACUGACUUUUCCCGGUGAAAUGUUGUUUCAGAGACGAGAUGAUGAUGUGAUUAUUACAUUAUUCAAUAUUCCUGACACGGACUGACAAUAUCUGUGGAUGAUACGUUAUUUGUAGUAGAAAAACUCGAAUAAAAACUGCCAGAAUAUA